CAACAAGAUGUUGGUGCCAGUGGUUUUAUUUUUCUGUCUGCUCUCUCUGACAACAGCGGCUACUGAAGGUACCACAAGGGCUCUCGCUGGUAAAGUGCUUCUGUUUCCAACCAAGUCUGAUUCCAGCUACGUUAAACUCACUCCUAAAAAGCCACUGAGUCUUUCAGCAUUUACUCUCUGCAUGCAUGUUGCGAUGGAGCUCCAGGACAUGAGGCAGAUCAUUCUCUUCACCUACCGCACACCUGAUGUUGAUGAACUCAACGUAUGGAGAGAAAAAGACGGUCGUGUGGCCUUGAGAAUUCAGACUAGUGACAAUGCAGCAUUUUUCCAUCUGCCUCCUCUCUCCACUUUCCAGACCCACUUGUGCAUCACCUGGGACUCUGCGACUGGUCUUACUGCCGUUUGGGUGGAUGGACGUCGCAGUUUGUUCCAGUUGUAUAGAGAAGGUCUGUCAAUCCGUCCUGGCGGCACCGUCCUGCUCGGCCAAGACUGUGAUAAAUAUCUGAGUGCUUUUGAUGCAAAUCAGAGCUUUGUAGGAGAAAUUACAGAUGUGCAAAUGUGGGAUCAUGUUCUCUCUGGCACUGAGAUUCGGGCGGUUUAUUCAAACCAGGAACCAUAUGUGCUGAAGGGAAACGUGUUUGACUGGAACACCAUCAAAUAUGAGAUUACUGGAAAUGUGUUGGUGGCUCAAAAUGACUGAUUCUGAUCAGUAAC